AUGAAUUUUUAGGUAAAACUCAAGUUGAGCAUCUUAAUAUUAUUUGUACCUGUGGGUUUUGUUGCUCUACUACAAAUAAUAACUUUGAAUGUAAUAUUUAUAACAAAUUUCUCUAAUUAAGCUGAACAUUUAUCAUUUGCAUUCUAUAAUGAAACAACGCAAACUACCCUGAAAUUCCGCCAUCAACUAGAAACCAUAAAUUUAGGUAUCAAAGUCAAUGCUGCAUUUAUUCUAUAAGAUUUAAUGAUGUCUAAUCAGUAAUUAUCACUCUAUCAAAACUUGGAACAAAUUAAAGUGUUCCUAAAUCCCUUAAUUAGUAGGGGCCAAAUAGAAAACUUUAAAUUUGUUUGUAAGGAUUCAUUUGAAUAUUCAAUUUAACAAAUAGAAAGCAAAUUUGAAUCGUGGAAUUCAACAAAUUAAGUUUUUGUUGAUUUAUUUAAGAAUUACUUUCGAUUCAUUAUAAGCUAUAAUCCUAAUAAUGAUUGCAAUAUAUAAGUUUUCGAAUCUAUUUCUAACUUAGUUAAUAAAGCAUAUAAAUAUGCUAAAUACGAAUUAUUACAAAAUCAAUUCAACUAUUUUAUGAUUAAUAAAUAAUUUUAUUAAUUCACUUAAAAUUUAUUUUUACCAAUUGAAAGCAAUAAAAUAGAAGAUUAAUAUGGAUAAUUUGUGAAUUAACUAUUAAUUUAAUAAAAAUUUGAUGAGAAUCAUUGUUUGAUCUAAGACACUUUAAUUUAAUAUUAUCCACAAAAGUAUUUCAUAUAUGGAUGGUUUUAUUCCUUAUAGAAAUAACAUAUAAAAUGUGAAAAAUAAUAAAUAUCUGAAGUUUUAUCAAUAAAGAUUUUUGAUGUCGAAAAAUUCAAAUAAUUGGCAGGUUCUUCCUAAAAUCAAGAAAAUCAUAAUGUAUCAUUAAUUGUAGCAUAAAGCUUAAUUAGUUUGACCUUUUUUCUGUAUGUUUGGGCAAUAUCUAUAAGGGUUAGCAAUUCCUUUUGUAUUCCUCUAUAAAAAUUGGCAAGACAAUUACAGAACCCAUUAAAAUAUCAUUUUGAUUCAAUGCCAUACAAGUCGCAAUUGCAAAACUGUAAAGAGAUCAAUAAAGUUUAGGAAAGCUUAUAAAUUUAUAUAUACUAUUAUUAGCUUUUAAAAAAGCAGCAUUUCUAUUCUGAUUAAGAUUAAGGGUCACUCUAUUUGAUAACUUUGUCUUAGCUUAGUGAAGUUUAUAAAUAUCAUAAAAAUAAUUGGUAAGUAAGUGUUUGUGCAAAUAACAUUGCAUAAGUCCAUUUGAAAAACAAGAGAUUCAUUGAAGCACUUAAGUUUUAAGCCAAAUCAGUGAUUUUGGGAUUCGAAGAAUACUCUAGUAUUAAGUAGAUCGAAAAAAUAAGAAAAUAAUUAUUAAAUAGUCAGAAAACUAUAUUAUAUCAAUUGAAGUAGAAAUUAAGGCGUUUUGUAAUUAAUAAAUUCGCUGGGAGUACAAAUAUAUUACAUUCUGAACACAUAAAUAGAAAUCGAUUGUAUUCUAUUAAUCUACAAAAUCCAUAUAAAUAGUGUAAUAUUUAAUAAAUUUAAAUAACUGAAAGAUUGCCAUUAACUAAUUAUUUAAAAAGUGAAAAUUCAUUGGAUAAGAUGAUAUCUCUUCAAGAAUUAGCUUUGUAACAGGAUUUACACGAUGAUGAAAAAAGAUUUUACAAAUUAACCAUAUUAUUUAGAAAAUACACAUUUUGUAGAAUGCUAUAUAAAUUUUGUAUUAAGGAAUAACCCAGUUUACUUAACGAAGCUAUACGAUCGCUAAGUGAAUUAUUUGAAGAAAUUUCCAAUAAGAGGUUCUCUGAAAACAAAUCAAUAGUAGGAAUUAAAAUUUAAUUGCUUAUAAUGAAGUUUUGCUGCUUCCAAAAAUUAAAUUUGAUGGAGAAGGCUAUAUUGGAGUUGUAUCAAAUCAAAAUACUUUACUAAUAAUAUGCAAUGACAGAUUAGUCAAAAUUAGUAUUAAAUGGAUUUGACAUUGUGUUAUUGACAUCAAAUGAAUUUAUUUAAAAUGCUAUUAGAAAAUUGAAAAUAGUUGUAUUAAUGAAAAAUUAAGAGUAUUAAAUUGCUGGUGAAAAAUGUAUAAAAAUUAUCAAAAAGAAUAGUUAGAACAUAUAUAAAUUGAACUCUUUUGCUUACAAGACCUUGUAAAGUAUCUUUAUAGAAUUGGGUCUUAAUCAGAAUAUAUUAUAAAAACUGUAUUUAGACAUAAAUUCGAAAUAAUUUAAGAUCUUCUUUUUGAUUGAUUACUCAUCAAAGGUUUCCUUUGAAUAAAUCUAAGUAUCGCAUUCGAUAUGUUCUUAUAUAAUGUAAAAAUUAAUACAUUUACGAGAAGUAGGCUUAUAUUUAUUUAAUAAUACUGUAUAUGAAAUGCUGCCAGCAUAGGAAUCUAAAUAGUAUCGAAAAUUCCUUUUGAAACAAUUUGAAAGAUUUUAAAUUCUUAAAGGCGGUGAAUGUAAAGUCAUAUAAUGUCUUAAUGAGCUAUUAAAUUAUAAAUUGAAUACUUAAUCCUUAUAGAAUGAAACUAAAUCAACAUAGUAAUCAAUGACAAUACCCAAAAACUUCUAAAAAUAGAAAUAACAAUAUAAUGAAAUUAUACAAACUUUUGUUUGUGUAUUUUCUGAGUUUUCAACAAAAAUAGAUGAAGAUUUAUUAUAGAACAUUCAGAUAUAAGCUAAAAGAGAAGAGAUCAAUCUGGUUCUGUUUAAUAUUGCAAAUUCAAAUAGAAAUCAUGAGUAGGCCAAAAAUUUUGCUAAAAAAGUCAAUGCCAAUUAUAUUGAAAGUGAUCAAGAGACAGUUGAAUGGAUUUCUUAGUUAAAUUAAUCUUCGGUUCCAAUUUAUGAAUAAGGGUAUCUUGAGUUUUUCUGA